UACCAAUUGAUUUUAAAUUAUGCAAGUUUAAGAGUCAGAAGUUUAUAAACGAAUCAAAUUACUUGGAUCUGGAGCCUAUGGCAAAGCAUAUCUUUCUGAAAGCAUUAGAGAUGGACAAUUAUGUGUGAUUAAACAAAUUGAUGUGUCUUUCAUGAAGUAAGAUGAAAUUGCAGUAAGAGUAUACUCUUGAUUCUUAUAGCAAGCAUAUAGAGAGGCUAAAAUAAUGUCGAGUUUGAAACAUCCAAAUAUAAUAAAUUUUAGGGAGGUAUAUAAGACGAAGAAAGGGAAAUUGUGUAUAGUUAUGGAUUAUGCUGAUGGUGGUGAUUUGUCUCAAAAGAUAAAAUAAAGUCAAGGUUCUUUGUCAGAAUGUCAAGUACUUGAUUGGUUCACUUAAUUGAGUUUGGCUGUGAAAUAUUGUCAUGAUCGAAAGAUCCUUCAUAGAGAUAUAAAGACAUCAAAUGUGUUUUUAACAAAAGAAGGAAUGGUUAAGUUGGGAGAUUUUGGUAUAGCAAAGAUUUUAUCAACAACCACUCCUUGUGCAAAAUCAGUAGUUGGUACUCCAUAUUAUAUGGCUCCAGAGAUGUUUGAGAAUCAGCCAUAUGGAUUUAAAUAAGAUAUCUGGUGUUUAGGAGUAGUACUUUAUGAAAUGUGUAAUAAGCGACCACCAUUUGAAGGUGAAAAUAUAGCAUAGUUAGCAUUAAAAGUUGUAAGAUGUGAAAUAACUCCAACUUUGGAAUGUUAUUCAAUAAAAUUAAGAAAGUAUUAAAUUUCAUUCAAAUCUAGCACAGUCUAAUAGGAAAGCUUCUCUCAUGUAAAGAACAUCGAAGACCAGCAAUAAAUGAAAUCUUAAGAGAAUAAUUGAUUAGAGAUAGAAUAAAGUCAUUUCUAAGUGAGACUUUAUAAAAAGAAUAACAUAGAAUUGAUUAAUCAACGAAAGCAAAAAAAUCUAUAUAACAAUUACCUUAAUUAAGAAAAAGAGUAGUCACUCCAAAAUAAAGAGCUAGUCCAAGUGUUCAUAAAUUACCUGAAAUUAAAAGAACAAUUGAUACUCCUGAUUUUAGUAGAAGAGUAUAAUUAAAAUAGAAUCAAUCUAUUUUUCAUGCACAAUCUCCAAGAAGAAAGAAUUUAUUAUCAGAAGGUCCUGAAACUCCUAAUAAAAUGAUGAAAUAAUCACCAUCACUUAAUUUAAGAAUUUAAAGUGGUAAAAUAUUAACAGACAAACAUCUUUAAUUAAAAAAAUAAAUUAAAUCAUUUGAUCGCUAAUAAAGUAGUAGACAAAUAAUUAAUCAUUAAAGUAAUAUAUUUUUUAGUCCAAAAAGAAAAUAAUAAUAAGAAGAAGAAGAAAAAGUAUUAGAUCCAAUUGAAGAAGCUGAUAGUACUCCUUUGACUUUAACUAAAUCUAAUAUUGAAUUUUAAGAUUUUAAUAAUUCUAUUGAAGAAAGACGUAAAAAGAAUAAAAUCAUUUACAAAGAUCCUUUUAAAAAAGAUGAUGAGAUGAGUUAAAUGAUAUCAUAAUUAUAAGAAAUUGUUGAAGAUGAUAUAGAUAUUCCACCAAUUAAUGAUUAGAUUAAAGUAUAAAUAUAAUAAUAUAUAUUAGAAUCUAAAAGCUAGAUUGAUUUAAAAAUUAGGUAGACAUUUUGAUGAAGUUUUUAAAUAAUGUGUACAAGCAUUCAAAAAGCAUGGUGAUCUUGGAUAAAGUGAAAUGAUCAAUAUUUUAUAACUAAGAUUCUCAGGUGUCUCUAUUAAAAAGGUUUCUGGUAUGGCCACUCUAAUUCUCACACUCAUUAUUUAAACACAAGGUGAAACCAUAAAUACUGAAUUUUGA